AUGUCUGCGCUGGGCCCGGGAUGCCAAGCUCUGUUCCGUGGACGCCCCCAUCGGGCAGCAGGGGGUCUGCGCGACCCAUGGCCACAGCCCUCCAGCUCCUGGCUCGCCGCCGCGCUAAGUGCCCAGGCGGCGUGGGGUUUCCCAGCUAGAGGAACGAGUUCUGUGAGGUCAGCGCGCCGCGACCCGGGUCACAAUGCAGCCCUCCCCCUCGACGUCCGGGCCAGGACGCGCCGCAGACACCUGCCCGGCUCCGCCUGGACCGGAGCGUCCUCCCGCGGCCUCGGCCUCCGCCUCCGGCAGGGUCGGAGAUUCCCCAUUGAGGCCGGAGACUCCCCUGGCCUUGCCGCCGCCCCCGAGUCCCAGGACAGCCCGGAGCCGGUAGCUACGGAGCACAACCCAGUCAGGCCGCUUCGACGCUGUCCCGGCUGCCACUGCCUGACGCUGCUGCACGUGCCCAUCGACGUCUACCUGGCCAUGGGCGGGAGCCCCCGGGCCCGCGCCACCUGA